AUGACAGAUAGAUCAUUUGGUUUAACAAUACCUUAUGAGUAUUUAAUAGAUAUUAGAUCAAAGACUUUACCAUUUGUUGAAAUGCUUACAUCUCCAAUAACUUUAAUAUUGAAUGGGGUUGUUGCACCAAUAAUCAAAGAAAGAAUGAUAUACUGGAACAGUUCAGAACACACUGAUUAUGAUAUGUUAGCAAGCCAAAUUUCAACAAUUCAAAAUGUACUUAUUGAAAAUAUAGACAUUCUACUAGAAAGAGGAGAAAAAAUUGAUUUACUGGUUUCUCAAGCAAAAAAUCUAGCAAUAGAAUCUAAUUCAUUUAGAAGACAAUCACAUAGAUUACAAAGAAGUACAGAUUGCUUUCCUGCAAAAAGGAUUGUUGUGUUAUUUCUUUUUGGAAUCUUUGUAUUAAAUGUUUAUAUUAUUCUUGCUUUCAAUUGUGGAGGCCUAUUUCUUACUAAUUGUUUAUACAAAUCUUCAAAUAACUAUAUCUCUGAGCCCUUUAUUAGAAACUAUGAAGAUGAAAAACCCAAUAUACAAGUUCUUAAACAAGUAGAUGAGUUUAUAAAUGAAUUAAAUACCAAUGAAGAUCAAUUAAAAAAGAAUAUACCCUAA